CCGAUCUACGGAGGAAGAGGGUGGGGUGGAGGGUCAGGUCCAUAUGCGGAGGAUGUGGGGAUUGCUGACUGAGAAGUCUCUGAGAAGUCUGUGACCCACUGGCAUUCUCUCCAGUCGCGCGGCAGACUCAAACGUUUAAAAUCAUUCGCAGCUCAGUGUCAGUUGCACCGCAGUUCUCGGGUGCAUCUUAAAAAUUUUUUCUAUAUCGACUGAUUGUAGUACUCCGAGUCAUGUGAACGAGUGAUGAUGAGUAAGAAUAAACUGCCGAGGAUGCGUCGUUCCAACGCUAAUUUGUUAACGAGCCUGAUUGCUUGUCUCACCGUGGCUUUCAUAGUAUUUAAUAAGGCACUUAUGCAGCCGGAACACUUGUCUUCAAAGGUGAGUGUCCGGACGACGACAGACGCCCACAGCUACUCGUCAAGCCUCCGGGUCAAUAUUUCAAGGAGGGAUCAUUCUCAGGCAUAUCGACACGUGACCCCGUCUUUAGCCGAGCUAGGAGGUCGCCGAAGUGUCCCAGAAAUGAGUGAGAACACGCUGAUGGUAACGCGGAUUUUUGGUGCUGGAUCAGAACUUUUGGUUCUCAUUUUGCAACGACUUCAGGGACGGAAUGCUUUCAAGCACAUCAGGCUGCCUUCCGGAGACGAUAAUCUUCUCACUACGCUUCAGCAGGAGCUUCUCGUCGAAGAUAUCACCACCAUCAUCAGGCAAGAGGCUGUUCCGUUGACCUUUGACGCUGAUGUCCGAUUCCUCAAUUUCUCAGCCUUCGGACGACAGGCUCCAACUUACAUUUCCAUGGUCAGGGACCCACUCGACCCUAAAGUACUGCGAAGGUUUCAGAAAGAUGACGCUGCUGAGUUAAGGUAUUGCGGAGCAAUCGCCCAUUUUUGUGGACAGGAUCCACGAUGCACACACGAAAAUCGCACCUGGGCAAUGGCCGAAGCUCAAGCCAAUGUUGAACGGUGGUAUCCUGUCGUUGGACUGCUCGAGUACAUCGAACCUACGCUGAAAAUUCUUGAACGUAGUUUCUCCUACUUCUUCAAGGGAGCCACGGAUGUUUAUUCGGAAUUACAGGUGAAAAAAAAGAUUGGGAUACCAUGGAAGCCGAAAAUGCGGACUACAUUGGAGGGGAAACAUCUGAUGGGACCACUGGCAAAGGAAGUGGAAUUUUAUCUGUGGUUGAAAUCGCGGCUGCUUUGUCAGAAUUGCGGCAAUGGUUGAAUUCGUUUCCAAAGGAUCCAGAUUUAUUUAGAAGAUUGAAAAAAGAUAUGAAUGAUUGUGCUGAUAACGAAGUCGAAGAAUUCGAUCGAACGAUGUCAAAUGACUCGAAACUGGAAAGUGUGUGUUUGAACGA